AUGGAAGUCGACGAUGGAAGCUCGUUUGGUGACCUGCCAACGCGUCCCAUGCGUGUCAAGGUGCUCUAUACUUUCGAUGCCGAGGGCAAGACUACGUGUCUUGCACGAUUCCCGGAUACUCUCAACAUCCCCGUCGUCGCCCUCGAUGAGCAGUCACAAGUCGGCGUCAUCGACCUCCAACAGUGUAUCCAGGCCAUCGUAGCAGCGUCUCCGGAGAUCAUAUCGAAACUCGAUAAUGGCGACUUCACGGUCUACAAUUACGACUACACGGAAUAUGACACACCUAUCGUCGGUCAAGGAAGGCUAUCGGGGCUCAUGGGCACGUUGGCGGCUCACAACAAGGCAAUGAUCACCGGACGCGUCUGCAAGAAUAUUGCUGCCCUUUUCAGCGGCGGCGUCAAGGAGACUCUGGAAGUCAAGUUCAAGUUGACGCCGUUAUCGAAGCCGACACAAAACGAUUUUGUGAAGAAUGCAGAUGCCUUUCGAAGUCUGAGCCCGGCUACCUCUGCUGGUUUCGACCCAAAUGCAUGGAGCGCUUCGAUGCAACAGCACAGGACCCAACACCAGUCGAAUGACUAUCUCAACUUCGAAGCGUUGGCUGCUGGUGGCGAUAAUGGUGCGGCGAUGCUAGAGAACAUGUUCGGGAUGGGUUCCGGGAGCAGCGUAAAUAUCAGUGGGCAUCAGCAGCCAGGUGGUGAGGGAGUCGCUGAGACCCCGAACGACUCCGCCUUUGCCUACAACCCCGCAUUCUCUGCCCAUCCUCACAGCGCACCAGGCAGCCGGACGGGAAGCCCAAUCAUGCGUCCUGCUUCCAACAUCCCUAGCGAACAAUCACGUCACCAGAGUUUCUCAGGAUAUGCCCAUAACUUCCCGGAUCAAUCUCGGCCCGGCUCACGUGCAAGUGUGCGAAGUGAAUCCAACGCACCCACCUACCAUCACCAAGCACCAUCUCAGGACUAUCGACAGCAGUCAUCACAACCACAGUCAGAAGUCUUUUACAACGAAGAUGGCCAGUCGCGAAAGCGUGCAAAAGUCACGCAAACGGAUUGGCGUGGUAAAUCUUCGUUCGGUGCAAAAUCUGCUGACCUUCGCGUCACCGCUGCAACAGCAUCCUCAAUGCACAUGCACCGGCCGAUUGCAAAGCGCCCUUCUGCCCCCGGCGCCGACUUGGAGCCACCACCUCGCGUGCCUACUCCUGUGCCGCAGCGUACCCUGCUGCCUCAUCAAUACAAGCAGCAGUCCGCAGGUCCGAGAAGCGCACUUCGGCAGUCCACAGUCGAAUCCGAUUUCAUGUCGGAUAUUGAACCUAUGUCCGAUGCAAUGACCUCCCCCGAAGGUAGUUCUCCCGGGAAUAGUAUUACCGGAGAGACUCCUAUGGAUAUUCCAUCCUCGCCACCGUUGAUCCCGGGCUACAACCAGCCGACGCCCAGCAGUCCUGGACUUCCGACUUUGCCACCCAGCAGACUCGCCGAUAGUGGGUAUAUGAGCGGCACUGUUAUGGAGAGCAUGGAAGAGGAUAUGAAUCGUAGCCCGGACGCAGAGGACUUAGAGAUGGCGCGCCAGUAUAGGUCUCGGAGUCAUCCGCAGCAGCCUUUCGUUAAGACCGAAGGCUCUAUCGCGGCUGACACUCUGUACCUUGCCAACGUUCCGCCGAGUGAGCUCAACGUCCAGCUGGAGGAACCUGGAGACAUGGGUCGUUUGCCGCAGAAGUCAAUAAUCAAUUUGCCACCUGGGAGACGAGAUGGCAGUCAAGGGUAUGUUGAACACGAUGCACUCUUCCAGGAAUUGUUUGCGGAAGACGAGAUCGCCAGCACCUGAAUACAACUCCGACUAAUACCGUUUCUAGUCCUAAGAACAAGAAAUCUGUAUCGGCACAUCAAAAUGCUGCAUCUGCAGCUGACUCCGAGAAACCUCGGCCAGAUGCAGAUGCUUCUCGACGGGGGUCUCUCGCGUUGCCAUCCAAGCCUCUGCUGCGAGCUCAGUCGCAAGAACAGGGCUUCAAGCCUCCUCCAAAGCAGAAGCGGCAGCCUCUGCAACGCUCUCACACUGCAAAUGACUCAGAGGCUGGCUCACCGGCGCCAUCUGACACUGAGAGUCGGCCACGUGCACCUCCCCGAUCUGGAUCUGGAGCUCCUCGCCGGAAGCUCAUCGAGCAACGUCUGAAGAGCGCAAUUGCUCGCGGUGAGAUGCCGGUGUACUGUAGUCAUUGCGGUGCCAUUGAAACCCCAACUUGGCGAAAGAUAUAUGUCAAAGAGGUCUCUGGCAAGCCAUCGCCUCUCGAUGCCGCGGAGGGCGAGGGCGAAACAAUCGGCAUUGAGAAUUUGACCACGGACGAUGACAGUGGAGAGGUCACGAGUUUCCUCAUUCGCAAGAGUAUGAAGAAGACAAAAGACAACGAUAUCGGAGAAGGCUUCAACGAUCUGACUGUAUGCAACCCAUGUGGGCUCUGGUUCAACAAAUUCCGCAAUAUGAGGCCUGAAGACAAGUGGCAUCGCAAGUGCGCUCCACGAAAGAAGAAGUCGAAGACUGGUGAAGGCUUUUCUACCGACGGCGUAGAGCCGCAAUCAGAGGCGUUCUUCACCGAUCAACCGGGUCCUGAAGAAGCAAAUGAGUCGGGCAAAUCAGGCGACAAACGUCAGACUGGGGCAGGCGCAGCUCCAGGAGACCUACCGCGUGCGCCUGUUCAGCGACCACGAGCCAACAGCAUGCAACCGCAACUAAAUACGCGCCGUUCCAGCUCCAACAGCAACGCAGGACCGUCGAUGCGUGAAGUGCAGUCCAGCCCAAUUCGCCUCAACGGUUCGCAAGACGAGCCGAUUGAGUUGGAUAUGACGCCCCAUCCGAAGCCCACUAGACGACUGCUGUUCCCAUCGCCUCGAAGACCCGGCGAAACCAAGAGCUUGGAAGGCAGCCCGGCUCCUCGAACCGCUACACCACCGGCGGCAGCUCGUGUUGACAGAACGGUCUUGAAGACGGUGACAACCGAUAUGGAGGUAAAUGUCAACGUCUUUGAGGCUUUCACGUUCGACAAAGAGAACCUAGCACCUCCGCUUGACGAGAACUAUGAUCUUGCUCAUCUCUUCGACGGCUCACCCAGUGUUCUUUUUAGGACACCUCUCAAGAAGACUCCUUUGAAGUCUACUCCUCGGUCGCAGCGGCAGACGAACGACUUGCUGAAGACGCCAACUCCAAGCAGCCGCAAGCGGAAGGCGCUGUCGCCGAGCCAGAACGCCGCGAAUGGCGCACAAAGUAAUCCGAACGAUUUCAUGACUUCUCCUUCUGGACGCUACUUCCUCCGCUCGACGCCCAGCAGACUCGACAGAACGCCAGGAGGUCGCAGCGCCAGCGGUGGACAGGUGGAGCCUUCACCCUUCUCCCGACACCUCGCGCAGAUGCUCAGCGAGGCUAAUGGUAUCGAUGUCGUGAUGACUAGUCCAAGUCGCCAGUACGACUUUAGUGAUCUACCAACGUUCACCACGCCGGGAAGAGAGGUAGAUUGGAAAGGCUUGGAUGAGAUUCUGAGCAGCGAGUUUGCGAAUUACGAUGAGAACGGUUUCGAUACUGCGCAGCCGGGCGAACCACAGCAGCAGGAAUAG